AUGUUCAAGAGCGGUUUGGUGAAUGUUAGCCGAAGAAGGUUACUUGGCAAAAUUACUGAGAGAAUACGAUGGAGAAGUGGGAAUUUCAUAGUUGAAUCGCAAGUCAUUUCACGCACCUCUUCUUCACUGUCUUACCUUAAUUGGAUUUUCCAUCCCGUCAAAAAACUCCUCAAUCGCAGCCAGAACAAUCUAAUAGAUCAGAAAUCUAGGGCGUUGAAUGACAUCGAGAUUCGAAACUUAGGUAACCUCAUUGAGCAACGUAAGUACGCAGAAAUCAUUAAAUUAAAAGAUAAAAUGAGUCCACAAGCAUUAACGUAUGUUGUUGAACGACUAAUUGCUUUAUUUUCCCAAGACAUUAUUACAGAUGGUACUCUUCCAUACGAGUUUUACAAAACUUCCAACAUUAAACCUCCUCAAUGGGAUUUGAAAACCCGGGUUUUCCCUAUUUUGGAACAACUUGUUCAAGAAACAUCAGCAGCCUCGGAUGAAUUGAAUACUCUAAAGGUUUACAUCUAUUACCACACGAAUCAAUUGGACAAAAUCACAGAUGCAUUCACUUCAAUAGCCUAUCCCGAUGAGACAACCAUUACCUACUUUCUCAAAUCAUUCAUCGUCAACUACGAAAUGGAGACUUUCAAAGUUCACUUUUCCAAACAAGUCAUAAAUAGCUCCACUAAACUAUCUCCCCAACUAUUUGAAUUACUUGUUGACCAAUUGAUCCCAAGAUACUUUUUGUUUGAAAACCUUUUCUAUUGUUACCAAGUAUGGGUAAACUCCCCCAAGUGCGAGGAUCCAACACCUAAACUGAUAAGUCUAAUCCUUGGUCAGUUUUACAAGUACGGAACAACACCGGAAAUUAAAGAGUUUAAACGCAUGAUUGAUAAAAAGUAUGGAUCUCACUAUUUGGUUCAGAGUGUCGUUUUGCAAAACGAAAUCAUUAAUAGAGAAUACUUGUCAUUUAAAAAGACAAUAAGCGAUGAAGAUUUUGAGUUAAUUGAAUCACUUGCUCCUGAGGUCGAGGUUGAAGAAUUCUGUUACUCGUGGCUAUAUUUUAUGAUUAGAUUUUCCAACAUGGAAGGAGCGAACCGUAUUAUAAAGUUCUACAGAGAAAAGAUAGGACAAGAUAUUCCACCACGGUUUUUUGAGUUAUUGAUGGAGUUUUAUGAAAGGCAUGACCAAUUCGACUCGUUGAUUAAACUUGUAGAGAGAGUUAAGCUGACGAUGCCGUAUCGAGAAGAGUAUUUAAUGUCAAUCGUUAAAACUUUCAUAUAUUCGUAUUCACGGUUUUCGACGAUGUUGGUAGAUGCUAUCAAUCAGUGGUUGGAAAAACCGCAUUACUUUCAAUUACACAAACUUGCGUCGCAGUUUUAUCCAUAUCAUUUAGUAGAACCAUUCAACCAAAGGAAGUACAAAGGAUGGUCAGAGCUUAAGUUCAAAGGCAAUGAAAGGCAAAAUAAACAGCAGGUACGUUUUAGAAUAGAAUACGGGUUUCCUGAUUUGCUUGGACGCGGUUUGGCCCCUGACUUCAAGGAGGUUCUAAAUACAUUUCGAAUGGGUGAUUUGGAUGAUCGAUUGUAUUUGAAAGGUGUUCUUACAAAGACUAGACAAUAUAACUUGAAGAAUCAAAAAACACUUGAAUUAAGAUCAUUAAAGCAUUUCUCAUUAACCAGAGAAGAUUUAUCAAGAUACUUUCGUUCAAACAAGGAUUGUUUGAAUGAUAGCCAAAAAUUCUACUUUGUGAGAAUGUUAUUGAACUUUGGUUUGCUAAAAGAAGCGGACUACCUUUUGGCUUCAAUAGAUUCAUUCAGCUUGAAUGAUAAGAAUAAAAUGAUUAAACAUAUUUUUCAAAUGAGGUUGUAUUCCAAACGAAACCAAUUUCGAGAAAUGACAACACUUUUAGAUGAGUUUCCAUUGUCUCAGAUUUAUGCAAGUCCAUACUUGUUGAUGCAGUGCAUCUAUCUCGAAAACCUGUUGGCAAAUCUUAGCAGAGGACGGUCUUCCUUAUCUAUAGAACAGGUGGAGAGCUUGAGUAUUUGCUUACGGAGAUUAAGAAGCUUCAUAGGUGAUACCAAAAUGAUUCUUAAAAGAGACGAAGAGAACGUGCCUGUUUUAAUCGAAAGAACUAUUCAAAUCUUGGACGAUUGGAAGGCUACUAAACUGAAGAAAUUAGAUAGAUCUUGUAAAUAA